GUUUUACGCUAAGGCCCCGUGGAGUUUGCACGUGCGACCGACGAAUUUUCAAUUCCCUUUCCGAUGCAAUAAAGAAUGACCGCGCCGUGUGGUGUCUUUCUUACCAUAGUGACUUUUAAAUUCUGUGUCAUCACGGAGCACUUAUACUUACUUGAAUUUCUUAUUCUUUUAAUAGUGUUUUCUGGAGGCGAAGCAGCCCACGCAGUUAAAAGAUUCACAGGUUUAUACACGGGACCAUAUUUUGAUCCCACUACGACAACAAAUAUCACAACUCAACUGGGAACACAUGCUUAUUUACCCUGUAAAGUGAAACAGUUAGGAAACAAAUCAGUUUCCUGGAUUAGGAAAAGAGACGCUCACAUUCUUACUGUAGAUAGAUACACUUUUAUUGCCGACGAUAGAUUUCAGGCGUUUCUAGUCGAAGCUACUGAUACGUGGACGCUACAAGUAAAAUAUGUCCAGGCAAGGGAUGCUGGGCAGUAUGAGUGCCAAGUUAGCACUGAACCAAAAAUGAGCCAUUUUAUUACACUAAAUGUUGUUGUUCCCAAAAUUGAAAUAGCAGGCGAACCAGACAUGUUCGUGAAAAUGGGCAGCAAAGUACAACUCAGGUGUGUUAUAGCGCAGUCUCUUGAAGAGCCAGCUUACAUAUUUUGGUACCACGACGGCGAAAGGGUGCUGAAAUUCGACAAAAACGCCAUCGACAUACAAUUAGAAAGGGAAGGUGCCGAUACGACAGUCAGCACGCUAAUAAUAUACUCUACAAGUCCAGAAGAUUCUGGAAAUUAUACGUGCAGUCCGUCUAAUCUUGAUUCUUCUUCAGUUCUUCUACAUGUUUUAAAUGGUGAACAUCCAGCAGCAAUGCAACGGGGUAAGAAUUCGGCAUCGCCAAUACCUGGUUGGUCACAUCUCUCGAUUGGAUUGGGACUUGCUGCUUGUACCCCACCACGGUUCGCUGUAGCAGUAGCAUUAUCUCUGGCCAUUAUAAGUGAGGUACUUUCAUGUUAAGGAUAUAAUAAAACAUCCAGGAUCGGUAUGUCAUUAAUGGUAGUAUUGUUCAAUUUUUAGCAGCCCCGUUGUAAAAAUACCGUUGUUUUUAUCGUGAAUUCAAUUACUUUGCUUUAUAUUUAAGUUUUAAGUAAUCAAAAUUACUUUUGAUGAUGUAUUGAUCCAAAUAUCUUUAAGGAUACUUUGGUUGUGGUAAAUAUUAACAUAAAGGGGAUGAAAUAUAUCAUUAUUUACUUUUUCAAUGUUACGUACCUAGUUAUUUUAUAAAAAUGUAUAUUACGAUUUAUUUUUUAAUAAAAAAAAAAACUGAUAGGAUAACUGAGCUUAGUAGGAACGAGAAUUUUAGCCAAAAAUUAUUUAAAAAAAAAAAAUGUAGGGUUUAGGAAAUUUUAACGAUUAAUGAUAACUUAAAAGGUCUUGUAAAUAUUAGUGUUAAGCAUUUUAAGGUUUUUAUUCUACUUUUAAAUAAUUUCGCCCCCUUUGUGCACAUCUUUCUUUGAUAUUAAUUGCUGUAAUAUUUAAAGAAAAUUUUAUAUUAACGAAUAAAAAAAAACUGUAAGUAAUAAUAUGUAAUUGUCAUUUUUAACGCCUAAAAUGACUUGACUAAGCAACAUGCAAAAAAGUGCAAAAAAGUGCUCAACUAAUAUUAAAAUACUAACUCAUAGUUAGCUUUAAAAAUAAAACCACAUGUAUAAUUUAAAUACACUUAGUUUAAAUUGGUACAACACUUGCGUUAGGUAUAUUUUUCUAAUGCAAAUUCAAAAAUAAUUGAGUGCUGUUUUUGCUGCAUAAAAAAAUACCAAAACACUAAUUAUUUCCCCCUUAAAUCUGUUAGUGGAUAACUUCUUCAAUUUCCCGUUGGGAGUCGCUAUUCUAGGGAGUACGGCUUAAAAGCUUAUUUCCGGCAAUAUCUGAUUUAAAUUUAACUUUACGCUAGGUGACGCUAUCUCAAAAUAGCGUUCCAUAUUAUAAAACACAGAUAUCUACAACAAGAAUUCGCUCGGAAAUACAAUUAUUAUGCAUAAGUAUUUUUAGCCGCGGCCUUAUCUCGCGAAUAAAAGAACUUGUGUUUUUAAUCAAAAACGUCCAAGAUGAUUGUCUUUCAUCAAGAGUAGCAGCAAUUUGUAGUAAAUAUUUAUUUUAAUUUGUGUGUUGCAUUGAAACGUUAAAAACAAAAUGAAUAUAUCUAGGCCAAGCAAUGAAGGAAGUUUACCUCAACAUAAUUAGAAGUUAACAUUUUUUGGGGAGGAUCGGUUCAUUUUCAUGUGCUUAAUAACAUAUUAAGUUUGCGACCUUGUACUUCCAUAGGGUUUUUAAUUAGGGGUUGGUUUUAGGGGUAAUUUGCGGUUUAUGGAAAACGCUGCUCAAAGGGAUGGUCCAAUAGCAAAAAGUUUCAAAUGAAUGUUGUAGCUGAAGUUUUUUGCUAUAAAAAAAACUCAGCGACAGCACCCCUCUAUCUUCUAUAGUUUUUUUUCUGCAGCGUCUUGAAUAGUAGCAUGUUUUUAUUCAAAGUUACUGAAUCAACGUUUUGCCAUUUUGCGCGCAUUUGUUGCAGCAGCGGCCGAAUGCAUAAUCCGAUUUCAAUUUUUCAAACACCACAUUAUUGCUAAUGAAAUGCACUCUCCAAUGCUUCGAAUUUUUUGCUUGAAAAUUAAGCGAGCACGGACUUGUCUAAUGUGCGGGGAAGUUGUAAAUUGCAUCGAAAACUACCCCUUUCUUGCAUUCAUUGUAAUUUCUAAACGGGGCCAAAUAUUUGGUGACAGUUUUCGUCAAUCGGCAGCCCAUUUAUUCCUCUCAUAAUGCCCCAGUGGAUUAUUGAAGAAUAAAUGGGCUGCCCAGAUUGUCGAAAACACUUUAGAAAAUAUUAAAUUUAUUUCAGAUUGGCCAAAUAAAAUUCAAAAAGUGUCGUUUAUAUUUCGGAUUAGACAAUUGAAAUUUCAAAAUAAUUAUUAAUAAUCAUCUUUUAGCUUAAUUGUUUUUAUGUUUUAUGUUUUUAUUUGUGUUUCAUUUAAUUUAAAUUUGUGAUAUCUGAUAUUACUCCUGGCUGUAAACAAUAUGUAUUUGGAAGCUUACCAAUACUUUCUUCUCAAGGUUGGAAUACCUUCUCAACAGGUAUGAACAAUAAACCAACUCAAUUUUCGAAAAUAUCUUGUUUCGUCUGAGGUAUAGUUACAGAAAGAAAAGCUAUCAAAAAACUGAAACCUCUCAUCUGUUUGUACCGCGAAAACAGUUAAUUAUGUUUCCACGUUACAGUUUUCAGAAACUUUAGGGCCAUAAUACGAUUAUUCAAUUGGAUUUUCCGCCAAAAAUCUACUAAGCUAAAUCUUUAUUAUGUUCGAACAUUUUCUUCUCAAAUCCGUUUUUGGUUGACUAAAUCAUCUACAAUAAAAUAAAAACUUACAAGAAAAAAAAAAUCUAAAAUGCCUACAUAAACAUCAGAAUUCGCGAAAUAUAGAUGGGUGUCUAUGUAGAAUAACUUGGUUGCUACAUAAAUAUGUGCAUGUUUUUAACGGGCAUCUACGCAUGUAUUUUUUUUUAGGUCUACCUUUUGUGAAUGAUCUUGCUUUUUAUCUGAAUCUGUAAGUUUGGAAGGGUGGUAUGCAACAGUACUGAGGCAACCGUAGGCCCAUUGUGCGCCUCUACAAGGAGAGAGGUCAUUCUUAGCUCGUCAUCUAGCUCGAUUUUUCGUAGGCAAUGACUUCGCCGAGGCCGGUGCCUCUGAUCUCUUCUUUACUAGCCCUACACGAGGGUGUGGUGUUAAGAUGCAACCUGAAUAAAUGUCUAUCUAACUGGCAGUGGCCAGUCAAGAAGUCUGUUAUUAGGCGUAGCCUUUUCCUGGUCAACGACAGUUUCUGGCUCGCUGCAGCUUUAUCUAGGUAGCUCAGCAGUUCCUUGAAUAAGUUGCAGCCAAUCGCAUCGUCUCAGCGCCUUUCGAAAAGAGUGUGGGUUCGUUCUGCGAUCCUGUACAAUUCUACUGGGUGUCUUGUAACUCUGGAGAGAGCCUUCCAAAACUGAUCUUAAUUCGUAACAAAGGGAUUUACACCUACUUUAUCAAUAGGUGGCUAGUGGCAUAAACAACCACUACGAUUCUCAAAUGUACCUAUAUGAGAAUCUAAACCGCAUUUAUCUUACCUGUAUUAUCAGAAACAAUAAUCGCUUGAAACGGCGAAGUCCACGUUCAAAAUCGUCUAUAACAAUUUGAUUCCAUGAUAUUAAAUCAGUUUACCUACCCUUUGAAUAGGCCUGACUCGAUGAAAUUCCGGUUUGGUUUAAAAGCAUACGACACAACCACUACAACCAGAAUAAUGAUCGGUUACGUUGGUUUUGACAUACAGGAUAAAGCCGGUCGAGAUUAAGGUUUUGACUAAUUCUUGCAAAAUUAAACUGAUUUACAUUCUAUCGUCGAGAGAGCAGAUUUAAUUAUGGUUUAGCGGUUUAAACAGAAAAAAAUAUUCAAUUUUUAAUUCAAUAUACAUAGAUAAUGGUUUUAUAAAAAAGAUGCUAUGUAUAGUACUUGUUCCUGGCACUUUCUUGUAUUUAUGUAUUUUGCUUGAGACCAGUCAUUUAUUUCUAAAAAAAUAUAUUCCAGAUAUAUUUAUAUAAACUUCGUUUAAUGUGCUACAUUCAUAAUAGUAUAAUGAAAAUAUUUCUAAUUUAUAUGCAUAUACAAUGGCCAAGUGUUUACACCGCGAACAAAAGUUUUAGAGGGAAUCAAAAGGGGGAGUAUCACUGAAUGCGCUUUUGAACGAUAGGUAUUUACUUUACCAGGGUAAUAUAAUAAAUUUAUUGUUUUGUCAAAGGAAUGAGCUACACGGAUGCUUUUAUAAAUAUUAAUAUAAUAAAAUAAUAAUAAUAAUGUUUAUUUACAAAAUUUUCAAAUUUAAAACGUAAAUUUGAUUAUGAUCAAAAAUGAGUUUCACCUUAUGAGCUUUGAAUUCCAGAGAUAAAAACUAAAAGUUGUAUUAUAGUAGAGGUGAAAUGGAAUAUAAGUCUUAGGACUUUGGUUACAUAUUCAUCUUGGUAUCAGAAUUGAAGAUCUGAAGAGUGAUUAUUGAGAAUGAUUCCCAUUGCUCUUAAAAUGUUUCCCUUUUGAAGUACGUCCAGCAGGCCUAGUAAUAAAAAACUCCAACAAUUUUGAAAUUAAAGUACAAAUGUUCAAUUUAUUACGUAAUUACGUAUUAUUACGUAAUUACAUAUUAUCGUAACGGUGUAUGGUUGAUAUUUUAAAAACAAUGGUUCAUUAAAAAAAAAAAUGACACUAAGAAAAGUAACAGUAAUAUUAAUUCACAUGUUGAAGCAUUAUAGGCUCUGUGGAUCUUUUAUUCUACUACCCUCAAGUGCGGCUGGACCAAGGUCCUUGUUAGCCAACAAUAACCUCAGAUUGUGCCACACAAAAACAGGUACGUCAUAUUGACAUUGACACAAUCUAAGGUUUUUGCUAACUGACAAUUAUGGAUGUAACCGCACUAAUUAGGUUUCAACCAAAGUUCCACGAGUUCGAACUCUCAAAAUUGAAUUCAGACACGACAUAUUUAAUUUUUUAAUUUUGAAAAUCAGAAGCUCUUAAAAGGUAACUCGUUAUACAAUUACUUACAAAAUCUAAAAAUCAUUAACAAACAUCCUGAUGGCACUUACUUAAAAAAGUACUGAACACGGAAUUAUUUGAAAAAUACAGUCCAGCGGUCUCAGAGGCCAUUUCAGUUAAAAGUUAUGGUAAGUUAAGGAUGAUGUUUUGUUUGUAAAUACAUUUUUUAAGAAGAAUGCUUGAUUACGUUAACUCGGAUAGAUAUAACAAUUUGAGUGUGAUUAUAACUAAGUAAGUUAGUUCUAAAUGUAAAAUGGUUUAUCUAGAAUGGUUGAUUCUAAUAUUUGAGUAACUUGUAUAAAGAUUUGCGCUGUACACUAAUAUUGUUAUGUAUCAUUAAAAAGUUUCCGUUUUGUUAUAUUAUUGAUUUUAAUUGAGAAUGUGUGUAAAAAACAUAAGGCAUUCAUAUUUCAAACUGAAUGAUCUGCUGUUACGAAAAUCUGUAUUAGCCAUAGAAUUUUAUCUUUUGUGUCCAUUUUAUUGAUGUAUUUUAGGUAAGAGCAGAAUGUAAUCCAUCUUUAUGUUAAAUAUAUCGUUAAAAUAA